CCCCCAAAGUUUCAAAACUUGAAGAGAGCUGACCUAUACAUGAUGACAUAAAAUGUGCCCUUUUUUUAGCAACAGUUCAUUGUAUUAAGUGAAGUGUAGUAAAUCUGUGUUAAAAUAAAUUGAACUAGCACAAUUAUUUGUCAACCGAAAUCACUAAUACAAAAAUAUUGAAUAAAAGUAGAAAUUAACUUGACCCAUUAGGUCAAAAAAGUUUCUAAUCGAGCUGAUUUUAUUGUAAAUGCAAUUACUUUUAUUAGGUCAAACCUUUCCAAAAGAAGUGAAAAAAUACAAAGUCAGCAGCUUUGUGCCCUUUUACCAGAGUCAAAGCAUAUCACAUCCAUGGGUUGAUUCAUUCUUACAAUUAAUUGCAAAAAAAAAGGGGGGGUGAGGGGUGAUUUGCACUUCUCAUUCAAUAAUGUCAUCCUAUUUAAAAAGUAUUUCACUUAUUCAGCAUUUUCUUAAAUAUACGCAAAAAAAUUUAAACUAAUGUUACAAAACCCAUUACCAAUGUAUCAAGUAUUGUAUUCAAUUUUUGAAAACUAUGCGUUUCUCUUUCAAUUUUUGAAAUCGAUGUCAUCUUAACAAAAAAAAAUUCUUUCUCGUCACGUUACACAUCAUUAUAAGUACAAUCUUAUCAAACUUUGAAAGGGUUACGGUAUCAAUUUUAUCUACACCCGUAGGAUAAUAUACAUAUCAUUAACCUGUUUCAAUACACUGUACCAGCUGCAAAGAACUCAUUUUCUGCAUCCAAUCAGAAAAAGUAAAAUAGUUUUUGGAGGGAAAUUUAACAUUUACAAUGUAUAACAAGACAGCACUAAUAUCCAAUCAGAAAAUCUUACGCUGUACUAAUUGCAAAGAAUUUGUUUUUUGUAUCCAAUGAGUAGGAGUAAAAUAGUUUUUGGAGGGAAAUUCAACAUUCACAAUAUAUAACAAAAUCAAACCAAUAUCCAAUCAGAAAAAACUUAAACAGUACAAAAAAUUGGAGGGAAAAUGCAUCUCUUUUUUAUAAAAAUCAAAUUAAAUUUUAAGAAAAUCACCUUGCAAUCUUAAACCCAAUAGGACAAGUUCAUUUUUUUCUGACCAGAUCUGAACAAUUCAAUUCACCCUCCAAAAAAAAAUGGAAGUAAUUAUUAUGUAAGUAGUUUUUUUUUUACAUCUAUGCAGAUUUUAUUUUAUUUAUUUUUGUCUUUAUUUAUCCUUUUAAAUUUUUAAUAUUCAUUUCUUCAUUUUUUUUUAGAAAUGACUUGACAGCUAAUAACAGCAUUACCAUACAGUUUACAGAAAAUACCAUGCAUUUCACAGUCAGUAACUCCAAUCUCCCCUUAAAAUCAACCAAAGAAGUAGGUACUUCUUGUGAAGGUCUACAGCAAUUCAGAAAUAAAGAAACACAACAUCAAGAAACAGAAGAAGAAGAAGAAGAAGAAGAAGAAGAAGAGCAAACGGCAGAACAAAUGGAAAUUGACAUUGACGGUGUUAUAUUGGAGAGGAUGAUUCAUAGACAAGAAGAGUUAAAAGAAGAGAAAGAAGAAAUUGAAAGACGCUUAACAGACUUACAAUCGAGAGUUGAUAACAUUGAACAAGAACUUGAGGAUAUCAUGUAUUUAAUGGAUUAACGGGAAAUUUUCGCAGUGCUUGUAUAGUUUGUAGAGUUACCUCUCUUUUCUCAUCAUUAAGUAAUUUAUCAUGAUUUAAAAACUUACCUUUUCCACUGAUGUCUAGAUGUGAAAUGAAAAAUACCUAUAUCUCAAAAAAGAAUUUUGCC